CAUAAAAAGCCGCGGCCGGAGCCUGCCUUCGUCUUUUGGCGCUGCCGGCAGCAUGACCGCCAUCGGUGCGCAGGCGCAGAGGCUGCUGGCCCACCGGAGACCACAGAAAUCCUUCUUUGAGACCCUCAUCAGGAGCCUGAUCAUCUUGUGCGUGGCCAUAGCAGUAGUCUUGUCAUCCAUCUCCAUCUGCGAUGGCCGCUGGCUCUUUGCAAGAGGUCAGCUCUUUGGACUGUGGCACUUCUGCACCGUCAACAACGGCAGUGUCCUGAAGUGUGUCACUGACUUCAGCCUCGCCAGGGUGGAGGGGCUGAGCGUGGGGGUGAUUCCAAUAAGAAGCAUGGUGUCCUUUGCUGUUGUAGUAGCUAUAUUUGGCCUGGAGCUGCUGAUGGUGUCUCAAGUCUGUGAUGAUGCCAAUGCAAGGCGGAAGUGGUCAAUGGGCUCAGUUCUCAUCCUUGUCUCAUUUUUACUGUCAGCCACUGGGGUUCUGAGCUUCUCCAUCCUCAUGAGGGAUCACCUCACCUUCACAGGCUUCACACUGUCGUACUGGUGUGAAUUCAUUGCUGCCUUUCUCUUCUUCCUUAAUGGAAUCAGUGGACUUCACAUCAACAGCCUCACACACCCCAGGAACAGGGUUUGCAAAAUUUAGGCACAAAGGAUGUACCUCUGCCUUUAUGUAAACAGCUUUGCCAAUUAGACUGGAAAAAGAAAAAGGGGGGAAGUCUAAUGAAGUUUGAAAAGGACACCAUGUUUUAAAUUGUGUGCAAGGAGCAGAAGCAUGAGUCAGUCUUGGUGCCUGUAGGAGACAUACCCACCCACAGUAUGGAGGUCUGCACAGCACAGGCAAAGAAGAGACCGGGACUGGCUGCCACUGCAACGUGCUUUCCUGGAAGAGUGGGUUGAAGAAGGAGGUGUCCUGUUAGACCUGCAGAGGGGUGACAGACUGAUCUACACUCAUGGACUGUU